AGCUGGGAAUGCAGGGAUCUGACCACCUCAUAAUGUCCGAGAGAUGAAGCGCGUCGAAGGGAGGUAUUGAAAGACUUGUUGGACCUGUCAGUCAAGUUGCAAAGGAUCUGCUGUGGCGUUCUUUUGCUGAGCGAUCUCCUCGGAUCCACUUGCCAGUUCUUUGCCUCCCGAAAUUGCAAGGAGUAGAUAGCGGGGCGCUGAUUGUGCCUGCAUCUGUCUCUGUUUCUGUUUGAAUGCAAAGAGCAUCUCGUGCUCAAGUCACUGACAAAGAUAAGUGGAACAAGCCGGUUGGUGAACCAGCGAAGAAGCGUCUUCGGACGUUGACAAACGAGCAAGAGCCUUUGAACAGCUCAGUGAGCAGCUCAGAGAAGAUGGAGACGGAUAAAGAUGGCAUCAGUGCUUCCGGUCGAAACCUUCCGUCCACUAGGCCUCAGAUUGGUGAGAACAGGGCUCAUCCUAAGAAAAUGAUUAUUUCCCUCAAGAAAGAAAAACCCAAGUUGCCAGAAACCUUUGAAGAGGAUACUUGGAAGAAGCUUAAGAUGUCUGUGCACGCAGUCCAUCGUGAGCAACCUGUCGAGCAAAGUUUUGAAGAAUUGUACAAGGCCGUUGAAGAUUUAUGUAUACACAAAUUGGGCCCAAAUCUUUAUUCCCGUUUACAAAAUGAUUGUGAAGAGCACAUCAAGUCCGAGAUAGAAUCGCUGGUCGGUCAACCAGAUGAUGCUACUAUCUUCCUGGAGACGGUCGAAGCUUGCUGGCAAAAACAUUGCAAUCAAAUGUCCCUUAUUAGAUCAAUAUUUUUGUACCUGGAUAGAACUUAUGUUAUACAAUCAAGCAAUGUUUGCUCGCUUUGGGCAAUGGGGUUACAGUCUUUUAGAAAGCAUUUGAAUUCAGCACCUGAAGUUCAGAACAAGAUAGUCUCUGGCAUGCUAAGUUUGAUAUUGCAGGAGAGAUCUGGUGACAUGGUGAAUCGGUCACUACUCCGAAAUCUGUUAAGAAUGCUGGCUCAAUUACAAUUAUAUUCAAGCUUCGAAACUGCAUUUCUUGCCGAUACAGAGUCGUUUUAUCGACAGGAGGGAAGUGACAAGUUACAGGAUCUUGAUAUCCCAAAUUAUUUGCUGUUUGUUGAACGUAGAAUCGAGGAGGAACAUGAUAGGAUUGGUCAUUAUCUUGAUAUUCAAACCAAAAAACCGCUAAUCUCAAAACUGGACGCACAAUUGUUAGAGGCACAUGCACAGACCAUUGUAGACAAAGGUUUUGAAAUCUUAAUGACACAACAUCGAAUCAAGGAUCUUCAGCGCUUGUACAAUUUACUUUUGCGUGUAAAUGGACUUUCAAACAUCCGACAAGCCUUCUCAGCUUACAUUAAGAAGACUGGAGUAGAAAUUGUGAUGAAUGACGAAAGAGGCUUAGAGAUGGUUCAAGACCUAUUGGAUUUCAAAGCUCGAUUAGAUGAACUGCUGGAACAAGCUUUCGCUUCCAACGAUGAACUCAGCCAUGCCUUGAAAGAUGCUUUUGAGACUUUGAUAAAUGCAAGACAGAACAAACCUGCAGAGCUGAUAGCGAAGUUUGUAGAUCAACAGUUGCGGUCUGGAGGCAAGGGAAUCUCAGAACAGGAGUCCGAGCUCAUUCUCGAGCGUGUUUUGAUCCUAUUUCGAUAUCUGCAGGGGAAAGAUGUCUUUGAGGCAUUCUUCAAGAAAGAUCUCGCAAAGAGAUUGCUUUUGAACAAGAGCGCUUCAAUAGAUGCUGAGAAGGCAAUCAUUUCAAAAUUAAAGCAAGAAUGUGGAUCAUCAUUCACAAACAAGCUAGAGGGGAUGUUCAAGGACAUGGAGUUGUCAAAGGACAUCAUGACAGCCUAUUCGAACUCGAGCGUCACUAGCGAGUUGUCUGUUCAUGUCUUGACAACCGGAUAUUGGCCCGCGUAUCCUCCUGCUCCACUGAACUUGCCGAAGGAGAUCCUCGAUCACCAAGAAGCCUUUGAGAAAUUCUAUCUUUCAAAGCAUCAAGGGCGAAGGCUCACGUGGCAGAACUCGCUGGCUCACUGCUCGUUGAAGGCAACGUUCCGGCCGAAUGCUGCAGGCAGGAAAGAGCUGUUGGUCUCGUUGUAUCAAGCCGCGGUCUUGCUGCUGUUCAACGGUUCGGACGAGUUGAGCUUCUCGGAGAUAGCUGGGGCGGUGGGGAUGGACGACAAGGAGCUUCGGGUGACCCUGCAGUCAUUGGCAUGCGCGAAAAUCAAAAUCCUCAACAAGUCGCCCAAGGGUCGGGACGUGGAGGACGGGGACAGUUUCACUUUCAACUCCAAGUUCGAGAGCAAGCAGCUGAGAAUCAAAGUGAACUCCAUCCAGCUCAAGGAAACUCAGGAAGAGAACGACAAGACUACCGAGAGUGUCUUCCAGGACCGCCAGUACCAGGUGGACGCAGCUAUAGUGAGGGUGAUGAAGGCGAGAAAGUCGCUCUCGCACACACUGCUGAUCUCAGAGCUGUUCAAGAUCCUCAAGUUCCCAGUGACUCCUCCUGACCUCAAGAAGAGGAUCGAGUCGCUGAUAGAGAGAGAGUACCUAGAGAGGGACCGGGAUAGCCCCUCUGUCUACAAGUAUCUUGCAUAAGAUUGUAUCGCUGUCAGCCGUU